CCCAGAUUAGGCCAACUUUCAAUGAGUCGAACAGCCUUGUUAAUCGAACAAUUUUCGGUAAUUCGAAAAAAUUUAAUAAUUCAAACAGGUUAUGUUUUCCCUUUUUUUUAAUUAUCUAGACAGUGAAGUUUUUCUUUAUCUGAGUCAAUUUUCCCACCAAUACGACCAAUUCAUGCAACCACCACCAGUUCAGUUUGUUAUUGAAGAGAAUGAAUCGGUUAAUGUUAGCUAUAGACGAACUCUCUUGGCAAACAUCCCAUGGUCUGUAGCUGGUGUUUGUGUGUGUCUGCUAGAAGUUUCAUCAAUGUCCGCAUCUCGUCUGUAAUUUUCUAUUUGAUUAGCUUUAAUAGGUUGCUGGCAAUUCAGUAGCCUUUUUAUUGGUUAGCGUCUUGCUGAAGUUUGAUUGCUUUCAGAUUAGUUAGCGCCUGAAAAUUUAUCAGGCUUGUAAGAAACUCCUUGCUUCUCAAACAUACAUUUGAAUUGGAUUUUUAAUGGGCCCGUCCCCCCCAAAAACCAUUGGUUUUCAAAGGAAAAGUAUAGCUACUCGGGGGGUUUCUUUAUUAAUUUCGUUUCCGUUUUAUGUGAUAACGCUUUUUGUGGUUUAUCUUGUAGAUUUUGCAUUACCUGGUCUUUGUUUGAGGAAUUAGCAGCAUUGCAAAACCGUUUUCCAAAUAUCAUUUAUUUCUGUAAAGUUUUUUUAAUUUUCAUCUAUUUUCUCAGAAAUAUCACUCCAUAUCUGAAUUACUUUAAAUUAGAUAUAAGUUGUAAUCGAAGCGGUGCCUGCUGCACGCACGAAAAAUAUCGUUUGCCGCAUGAAAGUUCAUUUUAGCAGGUCGAUUCAUUGGUGAAAUAAGAGAAACGUUAAUGAUCGAGAUCUGCCAAUGUAACUAAAGUCAGCAGUACUAUCAUGCCUUCAUUUAUUAUGUAAGACACCUGUUCCUUUCCAAUUGUUUAGUUCUGAUUGUCAUCUGACAGAAAAGACCGUGUUUACUACCUAAUUGCUCGAUCGUUGGCCGAAGAAAGAAACUUGCACACCGAGUCUGUUGAAGUUGAACAGAGAAGUUUGCUCGAGAUUCUGAAAAUCAGUAUUCGUAGUUCUCAUGUGAAUAUGCCGAAUUUUGCCACAGUGGCAGGAUUAAAUAAGAAAAACCACAGAACAACGCAUGGAACUAGAUGAGUUAUGUCUUAAGCAAGGCUAGCUAGGGAAAGGUAGAUGCUGGCAUACGCGUUCGCACAUAAUAUUAGUGCAUAUUUUCACAAAUGAACAGUCUUUCUAGCGAUGGGUGACGAAUCCGAUAGGCUGGUUAUAAACGUUGGUGGAGUUAUCUUCGAAACGUAUAUCAGCACUUUACAGAAUAUACCUGAUACGCGAUUGGCGUGGCUAACUGAAGGCCUUGAUCCAGAUCCGAAAAAUCGCAAAGAAAUAUUUUUCGAUCGACAUUCAGGGGUAUUUGUUCAUAUUUUGAAUUAUUACCGUACGGGCAAGCUGCACACGCCGACUGAUAUAUGCGGUCCUCUUUUCGAAGAAGAGCUCAAUUUCUGGGGAAUAGAUGAAAAGCAAAUGGAGCCGUGCUGCUGGGAAAGUUUCACGAAGCAUCGCGAGGCCGAAGUAAAUCUUAAGAGCUUCGAAGGACCUGGCUUUGAAGAUCUUCGGAAUGCUAAACAAAGAAAACUUUCCUCGUUUAGCAUCCGGGAUGGGCUGAGCUGUAGAGAGCGCAUGGACCAGAUCUGGAGCAUCGUGGAUCGGCCUCAUUCUAGCAAUAUCGCCAAGUAUACGUCAAUCUUGUCAUGUUUCAUGAUCGUCUUGUCUGUCACAGUCUACUGCCUAAACACGUUGCCAGAACUGAAAGACUUGUCUUCUUGGAUAAACACGCGAUCAACAAUAGACAUAUUUUGCAUGUGCUGGUUUACUCUGGAAUUUGCAAUUCGCGUCAUGGUAUGCCCUGACCGGAAGGCUUUCGCGCAGUCUGUGAGUAACUGGAUCGAUUUCCUGUCUGUUAUUCCUUCCUAUCUGAAGCUGUUUUCAAUCCAAGACACGUGGCUAAUCAAUCUGGUUAUUAUUCGAUUGCUUAGAUUAUUUCGAUUCUUCAAGCUUUCCUACGGAUUGCAAGUAUUGCUGCAUACAUUGAAAGCAAGUUUUUAUGAGUUGGUCCUGCUUUUACUCAUACUGUCAAUCCCAAUCGUGAUAUUCUCUAGUCUAGUCCACACCGUUGAGACGAACAUGAACGGUUCAGAGAAAUUUAUUUCUAUUCCAGCGACAUUUUGGUGGUGCUUGAUUACAAUGACAUCAGUAGGAUAUGGUGACAUGGUUCCAGAGACAUGGGCUGGAAAGAUAGUUGGGGGAAUUUGUGCCAUCUGUGGAGUACUGAUUGUAGCUUUGCCAAUAUCAGUCAUAGGUAGCAACUUCUCCUUGUAUUACGCGCAUGUCCGUGCAAGACUGAAGCUGCCUUCGAAAGAUCGUAAACUACUUGCUGGCAACAUUCGGGGCCUUUUGAAGCAGCCACUCAGCCUCAGUUCCAGAGAGAGAGACCGGAGAGGUUUGAAGCGAAAUAAUAUGCCAACGAUAAGACGAAAAGGCUCGUCAAAAAUAAGCUAUAAGAAUGAAACUGAAAUCCAGGUCAGUCGUAGUGAAUCAUCUGGAGAUGAAAGUAUAGGGGAAACCUCUAUGAAUGCAGUAAAUUCUAGCGAAGAGUGUCUCGACUGGGAUUUUUCGGCAGAUUCAAAGAUGACUUUCCGCCAGGCGUCUUCUGGACAGCAAAGAAGCAACCAAAGAGGGAACCGAAGGGAGGCUGUGACGGCAUUACUUCCAGGAUCAGACAGUGAUGGGCCUGUACCAUAUGAAGUAAAAAAGCAUAAAGUUUGCCUUGGGAAAGCGAAGGGUGUUGGGAAUGCACUGCUGCAUGUUCCAGAACAUGACAAUAUUGUCGCGACAAAUGAGCAAAGCUCGCUUGAAGAUAAUUACCGAAAUUUAGUGUCCUCUUUAGAAUCGGAUAAAUCCUCAGUGAAUGAUGAUUGUGACCUAUUUAUCAAAGAAAAUGAAACCUGUUUAGUCGAUAAUACCGGAAGUGAUCCAGCCUCGAGACGAUGUUCUUCAACACGAGGCUCUAGCCGGAGAGCUUCAAUGAAGUUGAUGGACCUCAACGUGCUUCCAGACAAAUGCGAAAACAAAAUACUAUCAAAUGACAGAAGGCGCAAGGAAACGAUUACUUCUAUUGACGAGCCAUUCUCGCAUCAACACAAAAAGAAAAAAAUUAAAAGUAAAAGACCGAGCAAAUUGCCCGAUGCCAAAAUCAAAAAUUCAGUCCCUUCAUUUGGACGAAGACGGCGAGAUGGUAUUUUCACAUUAGAAAAUAUGGAUAAAAAGACUUUCAAUGGAUAUUUGACGGACUCAAGUGAAAGAGAUGGUAGUCCGGUUGAACCACCUGGGCUAAAUUGCUCUCCAGCAAGCCCUGGGUUUGAAAAUCUUCAAAAUUCGGAUAUGGCUGUGCUGUUGAGUGUGCCGAAUUCUCCGAACCUUUCGUCUAACGAGAAAAUCCCUGGAGAACUCAUAUCAAAACUGAACUCUCUUGCACUUUCUCAAAAAAGUGUUGACGGGACUAUCAGCAAAGACGAGGCUGGUUUUGGUCUGAAAUGUAAAGAGAAGCGAAAACUCUCAGGUCAGUCUCACAUUGUUAUUAAACACCUCCCACGAAAUUUGAAUAGAACAGGAAGAAACUUACAUAAAACAAGGAAAAUUUCCAGAAGUGAGUCAAAUUUACGAACGUACUAUCGAGUGUUCAAUGACGUUCAGGAGCCAGAAAGACUGCCUUGUAUACGCCAUUACGCGAGCCAUAGUGACGUCAGGUUGCUAGAAUCUGGUGUCUAGCUCAGGCUUUUCUAUUCAUAGAUUUUGAAUCAUAUUAUUGCAAUUUGUAGGUAUGGGUUGUAUCAUAUAUCUUAUCUGUAAAAAGAUCAACUUUUUGUAGUUCUUUGACGUUAAAACGAAAUAUUUCUAGAAAUAUUCAUCUAAGUUUGCUUAAGCUAUAAUUCUUUAAUUCUUUAAAUUACUCAUGGUGAGCAAUUCUUUAAUAUGGCAAAUAAUUAUAUGAAAAUCAACGCAAGUGAUGAUAUUUGAACCAGACAUAUCUUGUCGUCUUUUUCUCUGACAUUAAGUAAUGAAAAUGUAUUGGGCUAAACACGCAAACAACAAUCAAUGCCGUCGCCUAGGAGCGAGUAUUUUGCUACUGACGUAAUAUGCCUUCUUUGCAGUGGUGUAGUCAGUUUUCGGCAUCAACAAGGAGGUCUCAGCCCCCUGAGCCCCCUAGCUUUACAUCCCUGCUUCUUUGAUACCAUCAUUAAUUUAUGGUGACUCAGCUUCCGAAAGUAUAAAAGAGUUGAAAAUUUGAUGGACAAAAGACUAAAGCAUUUAGAGCUGUAUCGCCGAAGAUUUUCAAAAUUUGGUUUAGUCCUUGUAUUUCCAAUCAAGUUAAAGGCUUUAUUCCUCAUCGCAGAAAAGUUAGAGUUUAACAUAUUCUCGUUUUCUUGUCCUUUAAUUAGGCCAUCUGCCUAAAGACUAGUAUUUGAGGAGAAAAGCAUACAAUAAACAUAGACUUAAACUUCUGAGGAUCAGUUUUUUCUAAAGCACAUUUGAGAGCACAUUCGUCAGCAAUCUUGAAUGCAUACGUCAUUACCAUGCGUUCACAAUGUAUCAUUAAUAGUGAGGCGACGUUACUAACAAAAUGACUAGCGAUUCUCCAACUGAUCUCUUACAAGAUCUCUUUAGACAAUUGCGCCUAUGCAAUGCGCUACUUUUGAUUAAAGUUGUGUUAUCGAAGUUGUGUUAGCUGACUAACUUACUCUAAAAUUCGUAAUAGGCUUAUGGGUCACGUUUAAAUUGUCCCAACAGCAGAAUAUCGGUGCAUCUGGAAAUGAGUGUAUAUGGUGUUGCAUUCACUGCCAAACAGUAAUGCUUUGAUUCAUUAUCCUGUUUAAUAUAAACCCAACUGAAUUCCCCAAAACAUGCUCCAGGUAACAGGCUUUCAUUUCGGUCUAUGUUGGCAAUUAAUGUGUUGGAAUCAUUUCUCUUCGUUGUGCUUUGGGCAUUCCUUAAACGUGUCUUGCCGUUAGACAAUUCAGCUUAAGUUUUACAUUGUCAAGAUACCAAGUAAACAGGAAUGUUGAACAUAAAUAGAAUGAUAUAGCAACCAAUUAAUAGGACUAGAUAGUUAAGGAUUUUAACUGAUAAAUAGAGGCUGAAUUUAACUCUCGCAAUUUAUAAUUAAUAUUACUGAUGGAGUCUCAUGCGUUUAGCGUCUUCAAAAUCUUGAUUGAAUACAACUCGAUAUUCGAUGAAACUGGAAAGCUUGAAAGUCAGGGGCGGAUCCAGCAAAAAACCUGACUAAGUUCCAGGCCAAGGCUAGGAACUUUCAGAUAAUGCAUCUAUAAUUGUGCAUAAGACAACCAUAUUAUUCAUAUUUAUACAUUUUGGUACCAUUCAGGGGGAGGGGUAGGUACUAUCCACUCAAUAAAUCUAGACUCUAGAUUUCUUUCCGACAAAAAACAGUGCCUCUGUGAAAAUUUUUGCAACCCCCUCCAUUUCUCAAUACCCUUUUGUUUGUCUUGGAUGCCACAGCAAAGUUUUUCCCUUUUUGUUUUGCUUGAAAUUUGUUGCUUUGCCUCUGUAGACACCAGCCUAUUCGUCAAAAUAUGGUGUUCCGUCUGAGCAUAGGUGCUCCGUGACAUCAAAGACUGCAAUUUAAAGAAAAAGUAGUUGAUAAUCCUGGAAAAUUAGCGAUAUUUCCUGGUUUUAUCUCAAACGGUUAAUAAUCUGCUAGAAUGCUGCGAGGGUCGUGAAAAUAAGACAUCUGCAGUCGCCAUUUCCAAUUCAAUGUUUUGCAGUUCCACAACAGAUCAGAAACAAUAGUUGGCAAUCAACUUCUGGCUAUUGUACAGCUCUCUUCAAAUAUGGUAUCAUUUUCGAGUUCCAGAUGCUGUUUCGACUGAGUUCCAUCCGUGUUCCAAACAAAAAUUUCAUCGUUUCAAUUCAUUCACUUCCGAGGCACAAAACGUUUAUUUCCAAGUUCUAGGAUUGACUGCUGUUGUCCUCCACAGCGUCUGGAAAAUCGUUUCCAAAUCACGACCGACAGAGAAGGAAGGAAAAGGGAGAACAGAUUACAUCAAACUGGUAAUUUUAAACUUUUGAAGAGACUAUGAUAAAACAUAGAAUUUUUAGGUUACUUGUUUCAGGCAACACUAUUUUAAGCUAUAUGUUGGAAAACUGACUGAGUUCUGUGCACCAUGGAACUCACUCUGGAUCCGCCUCUGAAAGUGUAUGAAUUUUUUGGCUAGGUUCAAAACGACUGC